AGAUUAGUUUCUAAUUCUAACAUUUCUACUCUCCAGGGGCAAAUUAGGAAUAGUAAGAUAGUAAGUUGGGCUGUGAGCUCAACAAUGGAAGCGCAUACAUAAUUAUCUGUCAGGUGAGGCCCACCAUUCUCUAAUCAACCCUUCCUCUAUCCUUCUAAAUGUUGCAGAAUGAUUUUUGAUUAUUGAAACCCCGUGAAGAAGAAGCAGCAGCAGCUAAUAGAUCAUGAUGCGAUACAAAGAGGAAAAAGAGGUAAAGAAGGAAGCGUUCAGGAAAUAUCUUGAAUCCGGUGGAGUUCUUGAUGCUCUCACCAAAGUUCUUGUUUCACUCUAUGAGCAAAAUGAGAAACCUUCUUCUGCCCUAGAAUUUAUUCAACAAAAAUUAGGUGGCCCAAGUUUGUCGGAGUAUGAAAAGCUGCAAGCUGAAAUUUCAGAUUUGCAAAUGAAGUAUAAUGAUCUGUUGGCUGCACAUCAGGAAACUUGCAAAGAGGUUAGAUCAUCAGUUGGAGGAACUUAAGAACUCACAUAAUGUAACAUCCACUACAGAAACCAGCAAUGGGGAAGCACCAAAGGAUGAACUCUGAACUCUGGUGUCCUUGUAAUGCAAAAAGUCAAAAGUUCAGAAUACCUGAUCUGAAUUGGAAUACUCCUGGAUGCAAAUAUCAGAAGGAAAAAAAAAAAAAAAAUUUAUAUCCUGUGAGAGUUUAAUUUAAUUCUAUGACUAUUAUUUUUUGGGAUUCUCUUUUCA